CCACAGUCCAGAGCGAUGGCGGUGGUCGUCCGAGUGGUUUAUUGGGCUUGUAGCCUCAAGCAUCUUGAGCUCAAGAAGAAGUUAGAAGAUGAGUUCCCCAGCCGUCUGGACAUCUGCGGUGAGGGGACCCCCCAGGUCACUGGCUUCUUUGAAGUGUUCGUAGCAGGAAAGCUGGUUCACUCCAAGAAGGGAGGCGAUGGCUAUGUGGACACGGAGAGCAAGUUUCUGAAGCUGGUGGCCGCCAUCAAAAGCUGCUUUGGCUCAGGCCCGAUGUGCCCUGAAGGCAAAGACCAGUAACUGUGGCCCAGCCCCUCCCAGCAGACGCUUCAUGACAGGAAGGACUGAAAUGUCUCUUGGAUGCCUGGUCCUUCCCUGAUGUUCUCACGGCCGCCGGUUGGAGCAGAGAUGGACACCCCUGGUCUUUGCCUGUGUGUGUGUGUGAGAGUGCGUGUGUGUCC